UUUCUUCUUCUAAUAAUUAUACUCCAAUCUUAAGUGAACUUAAUCAGGAAAUUUCAAUCUUUAACCUGUCUAAUAUUAUUGAAGAGCUUGUUAAAUUAUAUAAAAAAUUAUUCAAAACACAAAUUAAUGAUCAUAAAGAAGAUGAUAAUAGUACAAAACCUUUAAUU